CAACGAAUUCUUGUGCAUUAUAAAUAAAUCUUUCUUGACAUCUACAUUAUUGCGACAACGAAUCUUUGAAAGCUUCGUUCCAUUGUCUUCAACAUCUGAAAGAAACACACCAAAAAGUUUCUCAAAAAGAAACAAGAAAGAAGAUGAGCCAAAAGAUGUUCAGCAGUGAAGUCGAAGGGGGCAAGUUUCUUGGCAGCAUAGAUGUCAUUCAAGAUGCUUAUCGAGCAAUUUCUCAAACUUCUUCCACUUAUCAACUUGACACGAGUCCUUCUGGGAUCAAAGUUUUGGCUUUCAACUGUUUGUCUGAUUAUACAAUUCGUUUUCGUAAUGGAGAAGCUGCUGUUGAGUUGUUUGAGCUUCAUUUUAAAGAGCUAUCCGAGCUCUCAAAUCAGCUUAUAAAUGGUCAGUUGGUUGUCACCGGAUGUGGUCUAGGUGGAUACCUCGCCAUUCUUUACACCCUCCUGCAUCAACAUUACGCAGAUUUGGAAGAAUCUAACGGUUCAAAAACUGCCAAACGUCCGAUUUGCAUAACUUUUGGUUCGCCCCUUAUUGAAUCAGGUGGGCACACAGCUUUUGAAGAUCAAGAGGCGAUCUUGGCAGUUCUAGACGCUAUGGUGACACAAAAUGCUGAAAGCUACCAAAUGCACGAUUAUAGUAAAGAGUUGGGUUCGAUCAGAAAGACGGCAUUGUAUCACGGGGCUUCCAAAUUCAACGAAUCCAACUUAAGCCCGUUGAGGGCCGGAAUUGUAUUCCAGUUUCAAGAAAUCGGUGCGUUAAAUGAUAUUUCAAAUGAUUUGAUCGAGAAAAUGGAAAAGAAGCAAACAAGGAUGAUCAUCAAAAGUAGGAACGUGUAUGAGCCUACAAAGAAGCUAAACGACAUGAAGAUAAUCUUGACGUACAUAGAAUGGUACAUGAAGACCCGAAGACUAACAGGGGGUUACUAUGAUAGCUAUAAGGAUGCCAAAAGCGCAACCGAAAUCAUGGGAAAAAAUGAAGCCAUCAGACAUCAACUAAAUUUGAACCAGUACUGGAAGAAGACUGUGGAAGAAAAUGAUCUAGUGCCACAAAAAGAAGGUGCGAAGUUGCGUAAGCGUUGGCUUUACGCUGGAACCAACUACAGGAGGAUUGUCGAGCCACUAGACAUAGCCGACCACUACAAAAGGGGAAAAACAAACUACAUGGCGGUUAGACCAAACCACUACAAGUUAUUAGAGAAGUGGUCGGAGGAAGAAAAGAAGGGUCGUAAGCCAAGCGACGCAAAAACGAAGGCUGCUAGUCUUACCGAGGAUUCUUGCUUUUGGGCGCAUGUAGAGGAGGCAUUGAUUUCCCUAAGAGACUUAAAGAAUGGGGACCGAAACAAUAUUGCAACUGACAUCGAGAAAUUUGAGGUAUAUGUUUUGCAUUCGAUAAAAGAUUUCUCGGUGUCUCCUGAGAUUUUCGUGGAGGGGAGUAGUUUCAUGAAGUGGUGGAGCGAGUAUAAGGGCUAUAAAGGAAGUUCGUACGAUUCUGAGCUUGCUCGAUACAUGAACAAUAAGAAGUACAUAUCGUAUAAUUAA